GCUCCUCGUACCAUAAGGAGGGCCCUCGCGUGUUUCUUCGUCUCAUCCCAGCAGGAUGGAGUCCAUAGGCGCGUGUGGUAAUUCCGUUUGAUCCUCGCGAAGAAAACAAUAACCGUGGUAGUACGAUAGAAACUAAGAAUGGCGAAUACAGCCCAUCUCGUCCGCCGGCAAAGCUCUCGCGACUUAAAGCCCCAAAAAAGCGUGGACAAACUCGAAAUGAAAGAAAUGAGGGGCAGACUGGUGGCGGAGAGCAGGAAGAAUGUCACCACUGUCAAUUAUGGUGCCACGAACGCAGCCUUUGAAGACUCUAGUCCUAACAUGAAGAAGAAAACGGGAAACGGGGGUGAGACUAGUAAGCUCGGCAGUGACGAAGGGAAAACAAUUUUCCGACCGGAAGCAGGGGAGGACGAACGGGAAAAUUGGGACAGUAAGCUUACUUUUCUAUUGGCGACCGUCGGAUACGCCGUGGGCCUGGGAAAUGUGUGGAGAUUUCCAUAUCUUGCUCAAAAGAAUGGCGGAGGUGCAUUUUUAAUUCCGUACUUCGUGAUGCUGGCAAUCGAGGGUAUUCCCAUAUUUUAUUUGGAACUGGCAAUUGGCCAGAGAUUACGAAAGGGUGCUAUCGGUGUGUGGAAUCAGGUUUCUCCAUAUAUGGGUGGUAUAGGACUAAGUAGUGCCGUAGUUUCCUUCAACGUAGCUCUAUAUUACAACACUAUUAUCGCUUGGUGCCUCUUUUACUUCGUUCAAAGUUUUCAAUCGCAGCUACCGUGGGCAGAGUGCCCCAACGUAUACUUUCAAAAUGGAUCGUAUUCGUCAGAGCCAGAGUGCGUGGUCAGUAGUCCCACUCAAUACUUCUGGUAUCGAACAACAUUGAUGAUCUCCAAAGACAUCGAUACUCCAGAAGCGUUCAAUUGGAAGAUUGCCUUGGCACUGGUGAUCGCGUGGAUUCUCGUUUACAUGUGCAUGAUCAAGGGAAUCGCGUCUUCAGGGAAGGUCGUGUACGUGACUGCCACAUUUCCGUAUAUCGUUCUGAUCAUUUUCUUCUUCCGCGGCGUCACUUUGAAGGGAAUGUCCGACGGUCUACGUCAUCUGUUCACUCCAAAGUGGUGGAAAUUAACGGAUCCAGUGGUGUGGUUGGAAGCGGGCACACAAAUAUUUUUUUCCCUCGGUCUGGCAUUCGGUGGUCUGAUAGCGUUCUCCUCAUACAACCCCGUAAACAACAACUGUUACAGAGACGCUAUCAUGGUCAGUUUCACAAACUGCUUCACUUCGAUGUUCGCGGGGAUAGUCGUAUUCUCUAUCAUCGGAUUUAAAGCCACCAUGGUCUACGAACAGUGCCUGUCGGACAGGAACGCCACGCUCAUCAACAUUUUCGGACACUUGGACAAAAUACCGAUGGAAAUACCAGCCAGUGGUACGCUUCUGAACGUCACGACAGGAAACGGAACGUUGGACAAUUUAAUCAUGCCAGAGCUGCCUGAAUGCGAUCUCGAAAAAGAAUUGGACAACUCAGCGUCGGGGACAGGCUUGGCGUUCAUUAUAUUCACGGAAGCAAUCAAUCAAUUUCCCGGAGCUCAAUUCUGGUCCAUACUGUUCUUCCUUAUGUUGUUCACGUUGGGCAUCGAUUCCCAAUUCGGUACCCUCGAGGGCGUUGUUACGAGUAUCGUGGACAUGAAACUGUUCCCGAACUUGCGAAAAGAAAUACUCACAGGCGGAAUUUGUUUGCUCUGUUGCGCUAUAUCGAUGGCGUUCGCUCACGGUGCUGGUAGCUACGUCUUCGUGCUGUUCGACAACUUCAGCGGAAACUUUCCUCUGCUGAUCAUCGCCUUCUUCGAGUGCAUCGCGGUAUCGUACGUGUACGGUCUGAAGAGAUUCGCCGAUGAUAUCGAACUGAUGACUGGCAACCGUCCAGGCCUUUAUUGGCUAAUUUGUUGGAAGUAUCUCAGCCCGCUGGCUAUGCUGAGUAUUUUAAUUGCCUCUGUCGUGGAGAUCAUAGUCGACGGAAGUGGUUAUCCAGCUUGGAUCGCCAGCAAGGGCGUCACGGAGAGACAGGAAUGGCCAACGUGGUCCUUGGUUCUCAUCGGUGUUCUCAUUCUUGCAUCCGUUCUUUGGAUCCCAACCGUUGCUAUCUGCAGACUGUUUGGAAUACUGAUAAUCGAGGAUAACGAGAAAGCCUGGUUCCCAGCGGCCGAUUUAAAAGAAUUUCACGGCAUCGUGCCCCACGAAGUUACACCCGCCGAGACUUUAUUAUUUUGUAUAAGAAGCGAUGGCUCGGAGGGACUCUGUUGCCCGACCGGCGGUCCCAGCGACGACGACGACGAUGAUCUCACCUAGGAAUGGUCAUCGUCGAUCACGUCGUAAUAAUAUGUGUUUAAGUGGUUCACAGACCGAACAGCAUUUUUCUUUUUAUUCGAUAUCAGGCGUUCAAUUCGAACGCGACUAGACUUUUCAUUGGGGUUUAAAUCCGACACUCGACGCUCAUUACUUCGCUUUUGUUGGAUGCUGCAAUGAUACAUCAGGUCAAUUACCCUCGAGACGUUUAUUCGAUAUACAGUUUCAUCGUAGCAUUGCCAAAUUCGUUCGUAAAUGAUUAUUUUUUAAAUAGAAAAUACAUUUUAGAGAAAGUGAGAGGUUACCGAUUGCUUUUCAGUUUUAUGAGUGAUUUUCUGCUGCUUCACGAGUCUCUGAAUCAUUUGACGACGCGUACAUAUGUCAAUAUUAACUAAAGAAGAUCGUAAACGGAGACGUUGAACGUUUACAUGCGUUUCCGGCGAAUUAAAUAACUCCCAAUGAAACGUGCAGGAACGAACGAGACGGAUAGAAAUAAAUAAGAAAUUGGAAGUUCUAUCUAUACGAAAAUGCAUUAUGUGUGUUUUCAAGUUAAACUUGCAGUUUCUUCGCUUGCGUGAAUGUAUACGGUACAUCUCGAGUUCGUCGAAUACCACUCUCUGAUUUUAUUUUCGUUUCGACUGCAUUGUAUAAAGAAAUUUUAUAUAUCUGAAAGAGAAAAAUAUAAAAUUAUUUAAGUUUCACAAGAUAGUCCAGUGAAGAACAGGUAACGAAGGAAAAUUUGUUUUGCAUAUCGAACGCUAGAUGUAUCGUGUACGUAUAAACUAUUUAACGCGUAACGCGUCAUCUUAGCAUUUGCAAUGCGUGUUCGUAAAACGUUGCGACAGAUCGCGAAUCGUAAGAAAAAAAAAAAAUAAAAUAGGAUAACGUUAAAAUUAGAAACGAGACACUUUUACCGCUUAGCGAUCGCAGAUAAUGUGAGAUACGUAUAAGAUUUAGCGUAGGAGCCGUCCAAUGGGCGUGAGAAAAAAAAAAGGACGUUCCCGAAUCGUUAUAUUUAUUUUCGAUCUGGUAAGACACUGUGCUACUUCGUUGAUUGAUUCUCCGGACGCUUUCGAUUGGUACAAAUUUCUGUAAAAAAAUUUUUAACGAUCACAACCGGUCGUGAAUCAUAUCAAGAUCCCUUUUUCAAGGGUUUUAGUAUUUAGCAGACUUCUAACGUUUCACCGAUUACUUGUUUGACGAAACUUUGUUCUUUGUAAACGAUAGUGGAAAAAAAAUUGGUUCGAAUUCAAGUUCGAUGGAAAACCGCGCGAACUGUUUCCGGUAUCGAGUGAUCGUGUCACGAAAAAGCACUCGAUUGGCAGAGAGAAUUGAUCAAGCACACGAUCGGUAGAUUCGUCGUGUCGAAUGUAAUACACGCUGGCGAUCGAAGGGAAAGAUGAGACGAACGCAUAUCAAAAAAAACGAUAUAUCAAACGUGUAAAUUUAUUUGGAAAUUAAUAGCGUCUGCUCGUCGGUUUCGUAGACGAGCGUAUCUAAUCUAUAAGGCGAAUAAGAAAUUUCUUAAGUGCUCGGGGAUCGAGUAAACGCGACAAUAAUAAUAAAAAAAAAAAAAAAGAAUCAAUUCAUUGGAAUUAAUUAACGAGGAAUUCGACAAUAAGAUCAACGUUUGCACUGCACUUCUUGCACAUUCACCGAGGCCUAUGGUAAUCGAGAGC